ACGAUCGAACAUAUACAACAACGAGCCAUCGCCAUCGAUUCAGAUACCUUCUACCACAACCUGCUAGUUCUAUUUGAACACCGCAUAAUCUCGAUACAUCAUGGGCCAGACUACAUCUACCCCUUCAGCAUCGACGCCGGCACCGGCACCGGCGGCUCGACCCGCUUCGCAUCCCACCUCGGGCACUCCUCCGCCUGAAUGUCCUAUGCACGCUGCGAACACCUCGACGUCCAAGUACGUUCCCACAGACGACACCCCGGUAGCUUCAUCCUUCAAGGCAGCAGCCGCCGCUGCUGUUGUCAAUCAGCCCGCCCAGUGCCCCAUUCAACACGAUGACAACAAUGGCGCCCUCAACCCGCUCAACCAGAUGCCCAACCUGUCACACGAUCGAGCGCCCAACCAGCGUAUCGACCUUCCUACCACUCGGACGGCGAGCACCAUCCCUCGCCCACCGCCAGCGUCAUCCUUGUCGAAUCCCAUCCCUUCUUCCUCUACUGCUACCACGGGACCUUAUAUGGACCCGUCGAACCCGUACAACACCUCGCCUCAUCGGGACGAUACCAAGGUCUGGGAAUAUCCUUCCCCUCAACAGUUUUACAAUGCGCUCGUCAGAAAGGGGUGGGAGACGCCAGAGGAACACGUGGAGACGAUGGUGGAGAUUCACAACUUUUUGAACGAGCAGGCCUGGGAAGAGGUCCUCGAUUGGGAAAAGACGCAGCGAGGAGGGUCACAAUCGCGUCUGGCCAAGUUCCAGGGUCAUCCUGGUAAACGAUCACCAAAGGCCAGGAUCCACCUCAUGCUCGGAUCCGUCUUUCCUUCCAAGUUCAACACCGAACCUCCUUUCGACCGUCACGACUGGGUCGUGCACCGACCCGUCCCCUCAGACCCGACCGGACCGGCCACCGAGAUCCGAUACGUCAUCGAUUAUUACUCGGCCCCGCCUGACGAGGAUGGCAACCCGGUGUUCUACCUCGACGUUAGGCCCGCGCUCGAUAGCGUCGGUGCGUGGGGGAUGAGGAUGGGAGGCAUGUUCUCGGGCUUGUUUGGACGAUGAGCCUAGAGAGGCAGGAGCUAGAUGUUGUAGCAUGCGGAUCUUUACGUGGUUUACGAGCAUAGAUUAGACUUCACAAGAGUUUAUGAACAAGCA